CUGGAUACUCUGGCUACUUUGGACUCAGCUGGAACAGGUUGUACUCAGCUUGCGUCUUCGGACGCGGUGGCGGACUUGUCCGCAGGGGAGUUGUCCACAACGAUUGUGGGCGCCCCAAAUGACCUCAGCUUGAUUGUGGAUUCAGCUCGGCUCAGUGAAAUGGACUCGAUGGAGGGGAGUGGUACACCGGUAAAGAUUACUGGUAUCACCAAAACGGACUAUGGCGAAGAUUAUGUGGACACUCGGCUCGGUACAGGUGAAAGUAGUCGUAGUAGAAGUGGCUCAAGAUCCCGGUCUGCAACGGACCCAAGCCUGUUAAAGGAUCUAAGAGUUUGUGUGCCUCAGCUGCCUGAAUCACAGCCAUCCAGCUGCAAUAUCAGGGCUGGCGAGACAUAUAUGUCUGUAGACAAAGCUACAGAGUAUGGGCGUCUAUGGCGUAAACGGCCGCUGGUCCAGUGUUCAGCAGAGAUGAACUCUAACUCUGACUCUGAUACACAACCCACAGGUGAAACCCUAGCUGGGCCCGCGAAAGGGGCGGGUCACAAGAGCAAAAGGGGUAAAGGUCGUUCAAGAACCUCUAGCCUGACUCAAGUCAGAAGAAAGUAUGUGGCGGCUAAAGAAAAGAAUCUACACCUCACCUCAGAAGAGGAAGUGCUAGAAACUAGCAGAACAGUAGCUCAGAUGUGGGAAGCACAUCGCUCUUUGGCGAAACCGCAAUCUGGAGUGGAUGUUUCUAAGGAGACUAUGGAGUCCCUGAAGGGUAUCGUAGAUGGCUAUCUCGACGUUAUCACUAGUGUUGCCCGAAAGUCGAAGAACCUUAAAGGGACAAUGAUUAAGUCUCUAAAGGUGGCAACCGAACGAAUUAAAGAGGCGGUAGGCGAGCUUAUGGUCCGUUCUAUCCCGGAAGAGGUAACGCUUUUGAAAGCAGCUAAUGCGACAUUAGAGAAGCAGAUUGGAGACCUCCGAAAGGAAAUAGAUGAUUUGAGAAGGCAGCCUGUUGCAAAGGCUCAAAACACCGACGAAAUUGUGCAGAAGGCGUUGGUAGCAGUGGGCAACAUGAUAAAUGCCCGCUUUGCGGGAAUCGAAGAUCGGCUUCUACCUCAGCCCAGACUAAGACCCGCGAUAGCUGCCGACAGGCGACAGACCGCUAAAACACCAACGGCAUCAGGUGCUUCGCUACAGAGUGAGGACUUGGAGGUCUUUCCUGCCCUCCCUCCUUCUUCCUUCCCUAACACAACGGAGAGUGGGAAUCUGAAUGCAAAAAACGGAAAGAAGAACAAAACAAAGAAGAUGACGAUGGCCGCAAAAGAAGCAAUGGCGACUGCAGCAGCACGGACAAUGAUUUCAACACAACCGAUUUCCUCUAACGGCAAGUCUGAUGUAGCGAAACCGACUGAAUGGAGCAGGGUAGUGGCAGGCGGAAAAACAAAUACGAUAGUUGAGGCUAACAAGAAAAAGAAGGAACCAAAGCCAAGGCUACGACCGCCAAAAACUGCGGCUAUCACGUUGACGUUGAAACCGGAUGCAAUCACUGCUGGAAUGACCUAUGAGUCGGUACUUUGCGAAGCGAAGGGAAAGAUUGAUCUUCCGUCCCUGGGCAUCGAAUCGGUGCGCUUCCGAAAGGCUGCAACUGGAGCUCGUCUACUUGAAGUAUCGGGAGAGGGCAUUCAUUCAAAAGCGGAUACGCUGGCCGAGAAAUUAAAAGCGGUCCUGAGCCCGGAUAUGGUAAAGGUGCAACGUCCCAUGAUGCGCACUGACUUUCGGGUCUCUGGACUUGACGAUUCAGUGAAACCCGAAGAGGUUGCCGAAGCUAUAGCCAAGCUGGCCGCCUGCGAGGUUGGUUAUGUCAGGGCAGGUCGAAUAGGGCCCGCUGGGGCAACAAUCGUCAGUUGCCCAACUACCUCGGCGAAAAAAGUUGUAGACGCUGGGCGAGUUGUUAUCGGGUGGACUUCUGCCAGGGUUGUACCGAUUAUGCGAAAACAACAGCGUUGUUAUCGUUGCUUAGGAGUGGGCCAUGUGGGGGCUAUAUGCAUAAGCGAAACCGAUCGGUCCCGCCAAUGCUUGAGGUGCGGUCAGGAGGGUCACGCUGUUCGUGACUGUAAACAAGACCCUCAUUGCGUCCUUUGUGCCGAGGCCAAAAAACCAGCUGCACAUCAGACUGGGGAGCAGGGAUGCACCAGUUGUAAGUCCAAAGGUGGACGCAAUAACAAGACUGCAUCUGGUCAGCUCAAGGAAAGGCAGGGACAGAGUAUGUUAACGUCCUUUGCAGUCCCCCUGGACGUAGCGGAACCCAUGGAUGCUACCCAAUAA